CAAAUAAAACUUACUUCAAAAGUUAAUAAGAUUUUUAUUCUAUUGAAACUCUGUAGCGUUUUUUUUUAACAGAAUAGCAUAACCGAAUGUUGACCGUAAUUCAGAAUUAUUUGUAUUAUUUAAUUAACAGCAUGCGACUGUAACGCCCAAGCCGUGUCCUGCGCACCGGACACGGGACGAUGUUACUGCACCACCAAGGGGCUCGCCGGGGACAGAUGUGACAAGUGUGACAACACUAAUCAUUAUCACGCGGACGUGUACAACAAGGGCGCGUGCUACUACGAUCUAGCGGUGGAUUAUCAGUUCACGUUUAAUCUGUCGAAGAAGGAGGAUCGUCAUUUGACGGCGAUCAACUUUAGGAAUGCGCCAGUGAAGCCAGACGUGGACGCUGAUUUCAGCAUUACGUGUUCAGCGCACGCCCGCAUGAAUCUCACUGUGAGGACCAGAGCGGAGCCCGCUGAACGAACGCUAUUCAGCGACGUCAACUGUUCCAAUUUUAAAUACAAAUUCGCGAAGUCUGAGCACUCAUUCGGCGUGGAGGACAACAUAACUUUGACGACUUUCUUCGUAUACGUGUACGACUUUAGGCCGCCACUGUGGAUACAGAUAUCGUUUUCGCAGUAUCCAAAAUUGAACUUGCAACAGUUCUUCAUUACGUUCUCGUCGUGUUUUUUAUUACUGCUACUUGUGGCGGCAGCGCUUUGGAAGAUAAAACAGAAAUAUGACUUGUACAGAAGGAGACAGCGUCUCUUUGUAGAGAUGGAGCAGAUGGCGUCCAGGCCUUUUAGCCAAGUAUGCGUCGAGUUCGAGCGCGGAUGGCUCGGCGGAGGUGGUGGCGUGCCCGCGCCGGUGGCGCUGGAGCCGUGCGCGGGCGGGCGCGCGGCGGUGCUGUCGCUGCUGGUGCGGCUGCCCACGGGCGGCACGGGCCGCGCGCCGCCGCUGGGCGGGCUGGCGGUCGCCUCCGCGCUCGUCACGCUCGGCCACCACCAGCACCACCCGCACCACCCGCACCAGGGGCACCAGGCGCACCAGGCCGCGGCCAAACACCACCAUCCUGCUGUAUAUAGAUAUGUAUUUAAUUCGUUGCUCAAGCCGACGUUUGAAAUAUAAUUUAAUACUCAGUCAUAAUGUUUGUACAGAUAAAUUGUGAAGUUCAGAAUUGUAGCGAGCAAAAAUGACUCUUGUGGCAAAUGUACAACGAUAUAUCGUUUAUAUAUAAACUGCCAGUCAUUUGUAAUGAGACACAUUUUAAUUUGGCAUGUAAUCAACAGUUGAUAUAAAAUGUUUCCUUACAAAACACUCCAUCAUAUUUAAAAUAAUAAGUUUUUUUUACUUUUAUAUUGAAUUAGUUAAUUCAGCUUGAUUUUUUCUUAACAAUUUUAUUACAAUUAAAUUAAUUAAAGUUUUAAAUAAUAAUUAAAUACAAUUUAUUUUUCUUUUGGAAAAUUUUAAUGUAUUGUAUUUUAAACAUAUAUUUAUUUGGUGUUAAUUAAAAUUUUAUAACAACUGUUAUGUUAAAAACGUGCCAGUUAAGUGACCAUUGAAUAACUUCAACCUUUGUAGUUUCAAUGGAGAGUCGAGCUAUUUUUUUACUGUAGACGUCAUAGAAGUCUUUAUUCUAUUGUCAAAUUAGAAGAAAUCAAAUUUCAACUUAAGGCACUAUUAAGGCCAAAAAUUUGGUAUUUUUUAACAAUCAGUGUGUCUGAUUUGACGACAGAAAGUAUAGGACAGUAUAAAAUCGACAGUAUCGAUAAUGAUGAAUUGAAAAAUGUUUAGUAGUUACACAGUUAUAAUCACUGACUUCCGCUUACAAUGUUGCCAAAUAAAAUUUAAAAAAAAUUGUAUUUUUGACACGUAAAUUUUGCACUUGUAGAGCAGCUAGUUAUAUUGCGGUGUUUACAUGAAUUUCGGCCAUUGUGAUUGUGAAGUCACAAUGUUAUUUUUUAUUAUAUUAUAGUAGGUUUCGCCAGAGAAACGUUGAAAUCUCUCUAUUUUAAUUUUAAUAAUAUUUUUUACAUGUAUUUUAUAGAAUAGUCUUAUUUAUUUUUUACAAUUGAAUAAUAGACUUAUGCUCGCGUGUAUAUCAUGCUUGUAAAUUUGAAUAUCAGCUUAAUUAGUCUUCGAAUGAUUGUAUUUUCAUACAUUAAUGUGUAUAGUAGGAAUUAGCUGACGAUUAAUCGUUGGUUAUCAGGGCCUUUACAGACGGAUCAUAUUUGAACUGCAUAGCUGUUCGAACGCUUUGUUGGUAGAACGGCAAAUAUAUUUGAGAAAGUCUACUUAUUUGCGCGCACAAUGAUAGCGUAGUAAAAAUCUUGAGAUGAAUUUACAGUCAAGUUCCACUGUAUCUAGUUUGUGUAGUAUUUAGAAAUGCAGUUACAUCGACUACAUUCUGAUUAUAAUACUUCGAAGGCGAAUGCAGUAAAUAAGUGACCCGUCUGCGCGGAGCGUUGGUUGUUUUGACUGCGAUUAGCAAAAGCACUGAAUCGGUUAAAUUGUAUAUUAUGUCAAUGUAUUAAUUGUGAGUUAAUAAAAUAUUUUUAACUCGAACCAACAACGAUAUUAGUCAUAUAAAACAUCACAAAUGACCACGAUGACCACCCGCCGAUUGUAGGCAAUUCUAAGUAUAUAUAUUUUUGUAGUUUCGGGAUAUGAUAUAAAUUAUUAUAGGGAUUGUUAAGAUUUUGUUACACAUAACAGACUUACAACAAAAUUAUUAGUAUUCGUGCGUCAAUGUAGAUAGACGAAGGUAAUUAAGUCAUACUUUUGUUUAGAAUAAUAUCAAUUCAGAUAUUUAUUUAUUUGAAAAUAUAUAUAUCACGUCUCUGAUUAUAGUCUGGGGUGGUCACGUGGUGCUAAUUUUGCAUUUAUGUAUAAUAUUAUACAAUAGUGCAUAUCUAAUGAAUAUUUUUUAAUCAUUAAAUAUGCACUUUAGUGAAACAAUUUAGUGUUAAAGAAGUUUUUGACAAAAUGAAAUUGACAUCUCAUUCGAAUCAUGUUUAUCGAUAGAAGCAUGGCAACACAUAUUCGAUGUACUUGUCGUUGUGCUAAUGAAAAUAGUGAACGGAAGUCUUUUUUUUAUAUACGUUUUGCGCUAUAUAUUUGUCAAUGUUAUAAAACGGAUCCGGUAGCAAGUUAGGUGUAAAUACGCGGCUUCGUCAAGACUAUGAUGAUUAUAUUUGGGACUGAUGUGUAAAUGGUGUAUAAAAAUGAUUUUAUUUUUUCUUUUUGAAUGGUGGCAUUUAUUACGGAUGUUGUGUCAAAUCAGUUCCUUUAUUUAAAUAUGAACAAUACACAUUCCCCUGGAUAGAAAAAUAACUUUUUAUUUAGUCUCUUCUUUUUUUUUUCAAUCCGCCUAUGCUUUUUUUUUUCGUAAUCCAAUGAUACAUAUGUUGCAUCACAAGAUCUUGACACAACAUCCUUUAAUUUUAAGUAGAGAAUAUAUUGUAAUAUAGUCAUAAACAAUUGAAUCCGUUAUUCCUGAUUUUUUUUUAUUAACGGUAGCAAUUUCUGAACAAGAAAGGAAUGAAUAUGUAAUUAAGAAUUUUAUUUGCAUAGUUAAAUAUCAUAAGGAAAUCUUAAAGAAAUUGUCUGUUAAAUAUAAAUGAAAUUAAAAAAUUCUGAAAAAUGAGACAACUGUAUCUAUACCAUAUUAAAAAUUGAAUAGUGACGAAAAAAAAAAUGUCAUUCAAAAUUUUGUAUUUGCUUGUAUGGCUUCUGGGACAGAUGCCUGUACCACUUGAUUGCCAUUAAUCUAAGAAAACCUGUAAAAGUCUUUGUAUCGGCAGAUUUAAUUCAUGUUAUAGUACAUAGUAGUAGAUCAUGUUACUAAUUUCCGCUAUCAAUUUUGAACGUACCAGUCAACACAUUAAGGCUUAAAAUCGAUUGGAGAAUUCGGGCCUUUUGUUUACUAUAUGACGUGAUGUGUGUACUUACACAAGUGAAUGAAAAACGUAUAAUCUUAAUAUCUCAUUUAUAUUUUUGUAUUUGCUCAUUUUCUUUACUUUUAUUAAUGCAUUAAUUGAAAUUCUUUCAAAAUUUUUAUUUUUCUAGUAUCAAUCAUAUUAUGUGAAUAAAAACAAAGUAGCCUUUACAUUUUUCAGUGUUAAAAAAAAAUAUAUAGAUGUAUAACUUACUAUUCGUCUGGUGUGAUACUGUGAAUAAAACAGAGCAAUUGUUAACCUCAGGCAAUAUUUGGAAUACAAUUAAUACAUUUUCGUAUUGUAUUUUUAAGACAUGUCCUUCGAUCGAUCAUAACUCUCAUAGUUAUAUUUACACAUUUAACUUACCUUCAUUAUUAUCUUGUUAUACUUGGUAUUGAGUGUCGUUUCCAUCAGCCAAUAAUCUUGUUUUCCAAUA